UCGCAGCAGAGGCGGCGACGGCUGGCCGGAGCUUCCAGUGACACGAAAGCAAAGCGUUUAGGGUUCCGAUCCAAUGGUGAAGGCGCUGCAAGGAGGAGUGGGGAGCCAGAAUCUGCCGGCGGAUGUGGCUCAGGUGAUCGAUCAGUUGGAGCGCCACUGCUUGGCUCCCGAUGGAUCUCUCGUCUCCAAAUCCGCCUACUAUGACCUUCAACUCGCGAGAGAAGAGAUGGAGAGAGAAAGAUUGCGUUACUUGGAAGCUAUGGCAAUUUACUCCGAAGCAUCUGCUAUGGUGGAAGAGUAUCAGCAGGCUGUGUCAAGCCUUGGUCUUGGAGGCAUUCUAGACGUCCUAUAUCCACAGCUUAGCUUGAAGAGCCAUUCCCAGGUUUAUGAGACACUAGAGCAUCGAUUGGUUGUUGCAGAAGCAGCUCAGAAACUAAGGCUUCCUCUUAUAUCAAAAGAUGGUGAGGUUCAUGAGGAAGAAAUUGAAAAAUGGAGUGUGAUGUCACGAAGCUCCCUAGACAGUACUGGUACCAGUGCCACAAUCAGCUCAAGCUCUAAUUCACUUUAUUAUCCAAAUAGUACCACAAACAGCGCAGGUGCAAUGGGCAGUGGCUUUUCUCCAAGUGUUGGUGAUUCAUUGGAUCCUGGAGUUGGUGGCUUAGCCAAUCAGUAUCUUGGCAUCACCCCAGCAUAUCUAUGGCAAACUCAGCUCCAACAAAUGCCAUUAAUGAUGGACAUGACUGAAUUCCAGAUGUCUUUGUCCUGUGAGAUUGAGACCCGUUUGAAGGACAAAUGUGAUAAGUUAGCUGAUGCUUUUGUUGAUGAUAUUGAUUCUGCAUCUGCUGCUCAAAAUUCAACAGCCUGGCUUCCAGAGAGGGUGAAGUUGAUAACUGAGGAAAUUGAAAGGGAAGAAGGAGCUCUGAGGGUGGACCUCUAUUCCGCUGAUAGAAAAUUUGCUGAAUAUUACAAUGUCUUAGAGCAGAUCCUUGGGGUGCUCAUUAAGCUUGUCAAAGAUUUGAAGUUGCAACACCAACACAAAUAUGAUGAACUACAAACAACUUGGUUGUGCAAGAGGUGUGAGACAAUGGACGCAAAGCUAAGGGUUCUGGAGCAUGUUCUACUACUGGAGACUUACACUCAGGAGUCAAUACCAGCGCUCCACAAAAUAAGGAAAUAUCUUAUCGAGGCUACCGAGGAGGCUUCUCUUGCAUAUAAUAAAGCGGCCACACGCCUUCACGAGUAUCUGGGCGUCGACCCCCAAUUUGACACGAUUGCAAGACAAUACCAGGAGAUAGUCAGGAAAUUGGAGAAUUUGCAGUGGACAAUCCAUGAAGUUGAGAAGGACGUGAAGCAGAGCAAGUAGAUCCGCCAUCGCUCCUGUGCUCGUGCUGUGUUGUUACUGUGCAGUUCUUGGUUGUCUCAAUACUCAAUGGUAUUGUUCCCGCAACAGCUCUUGCUGUCUCCACUUCAGUUUAUUUUUGGUCUUCUUCUUGUGUUUGAACUUUGAAGUUUGGUGUUUGUACAUAGUAAAACGCGUGGAGAACUGGAGAGUUCUUUUUGUAGGCUAUAACUGGAGAGGGACGGCAAUGGGUCGGGUUGGGGCGGGUUUUGUCAAACCCAAACCCAUGGGUUUAUCUGCUAAAAAAAUUCGGGGUAAAACCCGCUGGGUUUGAAAAACUCAAACCCAACCCAACCCGUUGGGUAUCCGCGGGUUCAUGGGUACCCGUGAGUUUUUGUGGUAAAAAAUUUACAAUAACAAGUUUCUUUCAAAAUAAAAGUUUAACAUCAAUUUUCUCAUACAAAUUAUUCAUACAAAAAACACCAAUAUAGAGCAUACAAGCAAACCGCAAAUGAUCAAUACAAAUUGUUCAAAUUUAAAGAUAAACAUCUAUAAACAAUAAUAUUAAUUGAAAGCUUCUUCCUCGUCAACUAAGUUUCUUCACUCUCCACUUCAUAAUAUCAACUUCAUUCUAAACAAUUAGAAAGAACAAAUUAUACAUGUCUCCACAAACAUAAAGAAUAUUAGUUGUUUAAGAAAAUAUUAUUUAGAAUAUUAAAUAUAUGGGGAAAGUAAUUAUAUGUGUGUGGGCGGGUACCCAUGGGGCGGGUUUAUCUAAAUCCAAACUCAACCCGACCCGGUGAAUAGUGUAGCGGGUUUAAACUCGAACCCGGCUCAAAACCCGUCAACACGGAUUUUACCCGCGUUGACCGGGUUGGGUCGUCGGGUGGGUACUCGUGGGUUCGGGUUUUGUUGCCAUCCCUAUUCAGAGUUGCCCGUCCUGACAUAUUUCGCCUCGUAUUGAAGGAUUGUGAAACCAUAGUACUAUAUUGAAGAUUAUACAGAAAAAAAGUAAUGAUAAGCAAUGCAGUCAAAAUCGCGCUUUAAAACUUAAAAACUUACGAUUUUACGCUUUUAGGUCGCCAAAACGCUUUCUUUUCCAUAUAAAAACUUAAGUGUAUAAAAUCGGACUAAAUUGCGCUUUAAAGCUUAAAAGCUUACGGUUUUACGCUUCCAGUUCUCCAAAACGCUUUACGUUUUUACGCUUUUAGCUCACUAAAUUAGUAUUCUUUUCAUGAAAUUAAUUAUAAAAUGUAUAUUUUAAAAGUAAAUCACCAACAAUAUGAUACAUUUGAGAUUAAAAGAUACAUAUAAGGUACUUGGAGGCAUUCUCAACUUCAAUAGAGUAAUCUAAUUCACCAGCUAGACUUUUCCCAAAUUCAUUAGCAUAGUGGGAAAAGUGGUUUAUUGUUAAAAUUUAUGUUUACAAACUUAUUAUUAAGAUGCUAUAAGUUGUUCUACUUUAGGCAUGAAUCGCAUGUAUUUAUUGACUUAUCUAAAUUCUGUGCAUUCAUAUUUUGCAUAGCAUAUGUCCUACUUCAUAGAUUUCUAGUUAUUUUUCAGUAUGCGUAAAAAACUUACGCUUUUACGCUUUGAUUCUACGCUUUACGAUUUUACCCCUUUUCCGCUUCUAGAUAGAAUCGCGCUUUUGACUGCAUUGAUGAUAAGUUAGUUUUUAUCAAAUCGUGAUUUAACGGUGGUUUAACCAUUCAUCCAUAGAUGGCGGAUACGAUGACUAAGGCCGUGUUUAGUCACUUAACUAAGACUCUCCCAGCUCUUAGAUCUGGUCACACCAAUCUGAUGGUAAAAGUGGGAAUACCCUUUUAAUUAAUGACAGGGGUAGUGUGGGUAUUAUGAAAAAUUACGAAGUAUACAGAGUGGACUUACAAACAGUACAAACCACACAAUCAAUACAAACUAGAGCGACAAACCAUACAAACAGAUUUACAAACAAUACAAAACGUACGGACUAUACAAACAAUACAAAGUAGACCGACAAACAAUACAAAUAAUAAAAAAUGGAAAAACAACCAAGUUGACUUUGGAGGCUUCAUCCCUAUAUAGAUUGGCACUGUCCCAAAGUUAACCAGUUGUUUUUUAGACAUACAAACAUUACAAAAAUGGUGGAAAAAAUUACAAACUAGACCGACAAACCAUACAAAUGGAAAAACAAUCGAGUUGACUUUGGAAGCUUCAUCUCUAUAUAGAGGACUUUUGUCCAAUAGACAACUAGGUUAAUUUUUAGACAUAAACACAUUACAAACAUGAUGGGGGAAAAAAAAUCAAAACUUACAAACAUUACAAAUGAAAUCAGCAAACAUUACAAAAUACCAAAGCUUACAAACAUUAAAAAAAACCAACAAACCGUACAGAAUACCACUACUUACAAUACAAAUUGGUACACUUGUGUUACAAACCAAUAAAUACAAACCAAUCCCUUUCACCGUUUAUAGUAAUGUAUUAAGAAUUUAAGUCGAGAUAUUGUACAUAAGAAUCAUUGAGAGCUUAUAGCCAUUAGGGUUUUUUUUAGUAACGUACCAAGCAACGGUGAAGGGAUUGAUGAUCACAAUGCAGCUUCUGGGGUGGAUAUGGCGAAUGAGCGGGUCAGGGUGGGUAUCUCAGUCUCUAUAGUCGUCUCACACCAAAUGCGAGUCGGGAGAGGUAAUACUCAAGCGGGUACGUGACAAGGUCAGUCGACCCACUUUUAUAUGUUAUGUGGAAAAAAAAUGUACGCAAAAUUUUACUUUUUAUGAUAAAACGACAACAAAAAAAACUUUUUGAAUGAAAAAUAAUGAUAAUA